AUGUCUUCUCCUAAUAGGGGCUCUAAUAAUAUAAAUGUUAUUGAUACUCCAGCCACAAUUCUACCUGCAAUUAAAAUUAAUCUUGAGCUUAAUCACAAUAAUAAUUCAUUGUCACCACAGCGUUAGCAGGAACAAAAGGGAAAUUAAAACAAUCAAUUAAACGGUCUAAACUUAAAAUUAGUGAACUCGCAUAAAAGACAUGGAAGUCAUGACUUUCACAAUACAGUCAAUGCGACACAUCAUAAACCUAAAUAUGAUCGGUCACAUUAGUACAGUCAUAGACAGAUGGAAGAAAUUCUAAGACCAAUCAAGAACAAUAUGACUUAGUUGGAGAAGUAUAAUGAUAACCUAGAAUUAUAUCAGACUGAGACAAAGAAGCAGUAUCAAUCUUUUGAUAAAGAAUAGGACAGACACUAUUAAGAUCUCAGAAACAAGUAAGAGGUCACAUUAACUCGUAGAAUGAUGGAGACAUACAAUGCAUAGUCUAUCAAGAAAGCUGUGGGGUAAUAAAUACUAAGCAAUAGGAAUCAGUUAAGAGAUAAAAUGGAGAAGCAAUUUCUCUCAAAGAAUAAUGCUUACAAUGAUAACGAUGAGAGCUUUGAGUAUGAAUGGACUCCAUGCAGGUUUAAUCCAUCAGGAUGGAGAUAUCAACCCAAAGGAUCUCACAACUAAUUCUUAAAUCAUCCGAACAAGAAAAAUGUAGUGGGCUAUAUGCCAUCUGAGCAUAACUAAUCUACAAACACCAGUGAAGUCUAAUCAUUAAAACUAAGAUCAGAAAAUAACUCCAUCCUGCCUCCCUAAUCUAUAUCAAUGGACUUGUAGUCCACUUUAAUGAAGCAAUCUGGAAUGUAAAAACCGAUAGUUCCAAAUCAAUAUACAACCAGCUAUCAACAGAAUUAUCACAAUAAGACUGACAUAGGCAAGUCUAUGAACUCUAUCAACGCCUCUAGAAUACUGAGAUCUAUGGAGUAAUAAAAAGAAUAUGAAGAUGCUCCGUUACCGAAUAUCCAAGCUGCUAAGCUGGCCUUUUUGAAGAAUCUGAAAGAUCAAUAGUAAAAGGUGGUUACAAGUGAUACAAUAGCUAAUGAUAUAUAUUCCUAAGCCAAUAGUGCACUCUAUGGCUACGACAAUAGUAUAAAAUCAUUGAGUGUGAACUCUUCGCCAAUUAGAGGAUUAAAGCUAAGCAAAAAUUCUUCGAUAUCUAAGAUAGUACAUAGCACUUUGGAUGGUAUACUAUCUGGGAACAUAAAUGAAGAAGAUCAAGGAGAAGAUCAAGAAGAUACAAGAAUAUGGGCUGGUAUAAAGGUGCCUUCUCACUUGCUCGAGAAUAUGGGUAAGAGAAAGGACAGAGUUACCAAAUGGGAAAAUCAGUAUUACAACGGUGGUCUAUUCAAACACAUUAAAUGA